CAACCGCCCUCCCGCCCCGCACUGGGCAAAGGGCGCCGCCCCCAGCGGGGCACCACGGGCCCGGUGGUUGGGCUGUGCCGCGCCGUGCCGCUGCCUCCCACCCUGGGUACUCAGGGGAAGCCGGAAACUCGCUCGCCAUGUCGGCUGCGGAGGCGGGGGGUGUUUUCCGCAGAGCCCGGGGCAGGACCCUGGACGCGUUUCCCUCAGAAAAGGAAAGGGAAUGGAAAGGCCCAUUCUACUUCAUCCAAGGCGCAGACCCACAGUUCGGGCUCAUGAAGGCCUGGUCCACCGGGAACUGUGACAGCGGCGGUGACGAGUGGGGGCAGGAGAUCCGUCUAACUGAGCAAGCUGUUCAGGCCGUCAACAAGUUGAAGCCCAGACCCAGAUUCUUUGUUCUCUGCGGGGACCUCAUCCACGCCAUGCCAGGGACGCCCUGGCGGAAGGAGCAGACCGCGGACUUGCAGCGGGUGCUGGCCCGCCUGGACAGCGACAUCCCGCUGGUGCUCGUCAGUGGCAACCACGACUUGGGCAACGCCCCCACACCCGAGACCGUGGCAGAGUUCCAGCGGACCUGGGGGGACGACUACUUCAGCUUCUGGGUUGGGGGUGUCCUGUGCCUCGUGCUCAACUCCCAGUUCUGGUACGAUGCCUCCCGGUGCCCCGCCUUGAAGCAGGCGCAGGACCAGUGGCUGGACCAGCAGCUGAGCGUCGCGGGCCAGCGCGAGUGCCAGCACGCCAUCGUCUUCCAGCACAUCCCACUCUUCCUCCAGAGCAUCGACGAGGACGACGACUACUUCAACCUCACCAAGUCUGUGCGCAGGGAGGUGGCUGACAAGCUCAUCCGAGCAGGUGUCACAGCUGUGUUCUCAGGCCACUACCACAGGAAUGCCGGGGGCACCUACCAGAACCUGGACAUGGUGGUGUCAUCUGCCAUCGGAUGCCAGCUGGGCCAGGACACCCACGGGCUCCGAGUCGUCGUGGUCACUGCCGAGAAAAUCGUUCACCGCUACUACAGCUUGGAUGAGCUGAGUGAGAAGGGGAUAGAAGACGACCUCAUGGGCCUGAUGAAGGAAAAGUGAUGGUGGCUGGCGAUCUCGUGUUUCACUUCCCCUGGUUUUUUACUUUACCAGAAGCAGCAGGUACGCACCGUCCCUUGUUGAAACGUAAAAGUUCUCCAAGCCGAUUUGUGGAUUUUUGUCCUUUUGCAUAAAUCAGAGAGCUGGGUCCUCUCCUCCUAUCCUAAAUUGUACUCAAAGUAGAGCUUCCCUCCCUUUAAAAAAGAGGAGUUGGGGGAACUGGAAAAUAAAAGAAUAAAUGAUUCUAGCGUC